GGUUAAAAGCGCCGUGAGCGUCCCCUGCUCCGCAGAACCUUGGAGGCGGGGAGCGGAGAAGCCGGAGAGACGUGCCCAGGCCACCAGCGGGAAGCCCAAAGGCUGAGGGUUAGCUACACCCUUCCAGCAAGGGCCGGGCGCAGGGGGAGAACCGCAGCCCCCGGCCAAGCGGCUAGGACCUGAGCGCCGGAGAAGCGUAGGGAACCUCCCCCUUCCCUGGGCACUCUCGGAGCAGGCGGAAGCGCCGUCACCCGACGCCCCCAGCCUUGCCAGGGUGACUCCGGGCGCAGGAGAGAUGUCGGCCCUAUCGCCCGAGGAGCAGUUCCUCUGUCUGAUCUCCUGCUUCAGGCACCGGCUCACGCAGUCCAUACAGGUGGCACCGGUGCUGGACCGCCUGGCCACGCUGAGCCCGCAGGAGAAGGAGCGGAUCCGGGCGGUCGCUGCGCAGCAGGGCGACCCGCAGGCGGCUGGGUUGCUGCUGGACGCGGUGGCGCGGAGCUGCCAGCAGCAGGGCUGGAUCCAGCAGUUUGUCACUGCGCUGCAGCAGGGGGGCAGCGACUUGGCCGCCUGCUACGUGAACCCCAGCCUGAGCGAGCUGCCCUCCCCAGCGGAGGAGACCGAGCACGACGUGUGCGUGCACCUGGUGCAGCUGCUCUAUGGCACCCUGGUGGACAAGCUGAGGAGCCGGCAGGUCACCAACAAGUGUGUGGAGAAGGGACUCCUCCAGGACGAUGACCAGGAGCGGAUCUUAGCUGCAACUGAAAAUCAUGGGGAUAGGGAAGGUGCACGUGAGUUGUUAAGUAGAAUAAUAAAGAAGAAAGAUUGGUUCUCUCCAUUUUUGGCUGUCCUGCGUGAAACUAAGCAUGGAAACCUUGCAGAUGAACUAAGUGGAAAUGUACCAGAAACCGAAAAUAAAGAAAAUGGGAUCAAGCAACCAGCUACUACAGAUGUGGACAUGGAAGCUGAAGAGCCGUUGGCCUCUGAAGUAGGGGAGGAGCUGAAGCAGAGAGAUGAAAUGAAUGAUAGUCUGGCCAGAGAGAGCAUUAUAUUAGGAACAUCUUUUGAAGACACUUCUGAAGUUUUAGAGUCUGAUGUCAGUUUGCUCGAUGCAAGUGUCAGUUGCUUAAAUGAAAGUAUGGGCCAUAGUAGCAACACAAGUGGUGAUACAGAUGAGGACGAUACGGACAAAGGAGCUUCCCCUGAACCAGAGCUGAUUCUCAGAGAUUACCAGAUGGAGGUUGCAAAACCAGCACUGAAUGGGGAGAACGUUAUAAUAUGUCUCCCUACAGGCAGUGGUAAAACCAGAGUGGCUGUUUACAUUACCAAAGAUCAUUUGGAUAAGAAGAAAAGAGCAUCAGAGCCUGGAAAAGUUAUAGUACUUGUGAAUAAGGUACCAUUAGUGGAGCAGCAUUUCAGAAAAGAGUUCAACCCAUUCCUGAAGUGCUGGUAUCAGGUUACUGGAUUAAGUGGUGAUUCUCAGCUGAAAAUCUCAUUUCCUGAAGUUGUAAGAAAAAAUGAUGUCAUUAUCAGUACUGCCCAGAUCCUUGAGAAUUCACUGCUGAAUGCAACCACAGAAGAUGAUGAGGAAGGUGUCCAGUUAUCAGACUUUUCUCUCAUUAUUAUUGAUGAAUGUCAUCACACCCAGAAGGAAGGCGUCUAUAACAAUAUAAUGCGACGUUAUUUAAAAGAAAAGAUGAAAAACAAUAAAUUCAGAAAAGAAAACAAACCCCUGAUUCCACAGCCUCAGAUCCUGGGACUAACUGCUUCACCUGGCGUGGGAGGGGCAAGAACUCCUCAGAAAGCUGAAGAACAUAUUCUGAAAAUUUGUGCUAAUCUUGAUGCAUAUAGACUCAUGACUGUUGAAGAACAUGUCCCCCAACUGAAAGAUCAGGUGAAGGAACCACGUAAGAAGUUUGUGAUUGCAGAUGACAAAAGAAGGGAUCCCUUUAGAGAGAAAAUUACAGAAAUCAUGACAGAGAUUCAAAAUUAUUGUCACCUCAACCCAACAUUUGAAUUUGGAACUCAGCCCUAUGAACAGUGGGCAGUUAAAGAGGAGAAAAAAGCUGCAAAAGAAGAAAACCGUAAAGAACGUGCUUGCGCAGAGCAUUUAAAGAAAUAUAAUGAUGCCCUGCAAAUUAAUGACACUAUCCGAAUGAUCGAUGCAUACAACCACCUCAAUAACUUCUAUAAGGAGGAGAAAAGCAAGAAAACAACAGUAAAUGAAGAUGAUUCUGAUGAACCAGUAGCAUCAAAACUAGAUGAAACAGAUAAGUUUCUGAUAAAGUUAUUUUACGCAAAAAAGAAACAGCUGAAAGAGUUGGCUGGAAAGCCGGAAUAUGAAAAUGAGAAGCUGACACAGUUGCGAAACACCUUAAUGGAGGAGUUCACAAAGACUGAUGAAGCUAGGGGAAUUAUCUUCACAAAGACUCGGCAAAGUGCAUUUGCCCUUUUUCAGUGGAUUAAGGACAACACAAAAUUUGAAGAAGCAGGAAUUAAAGCUCACUACCUUAUUGGAGCUGGUCAUAACAGUGAAUUUAAACCCAUGACUCAGAAUGAACAAAGGGAAAUCAUCAGUAAAUUUCGUGCUGGGAAAGUCAACCUACUUAUUGCUACUACUGUGGCUGAAGAAGGCCUGGAUAUCAAAGAGUGUAACAUAGUUAUCCGCUAUGGUCUUGUCACCAAUGAAAUAGCUAUGGUACAGGCCCGGGGCCGAGCUCGAGCUGAUGAGAGCACCUAUGUACUGGUGGCAUCAGGUGGAUCGGGAGCUGUUGAACGUGAAAAUGUUAAUAUAUUUCGUGAGAAAAUGAUGUAUAAAGCUAUUCAACGUGUCCAAAGGAUGAGACAGGAGGAGUAUUUAAAUAAGAUUCAGGGUUUUCAGAUGCAAAGUAUAAUGGAAAAAAAAAUGAAGGCAAAGAGAGAUCAGCUUAAGACUUACAAGGAAAAUCCAUCACUAAUAACUUUCCUUUGCAAAAAUUGCCACAAACUGAAAUGUUCUGGGGAAGACAUACAAGUUAUAGAAAACAUGCAUCAUGUCAAUGUGAAAAAGGAGUUCCUGGACCUUUACAGCAUAAGAGAAAAUAAAACACUGCAAGAAAAACAUGCCGAUUACCAAACAAAUGGUGAAAUUAUGUGCAAAGACUGUGGGCAAGCUUGGGGAAAUAUGAUGGUGCACCGAGGUGUAGACCUGCCUUGCUUAAAGAUCAGAAAUUUUGUAGUUGUAUUCAAGGAUAAGAAAACCUCAAACAAAAUUUUCAAAAAAUGGGGAGAGCUGCCAAUCAAGUUCCCUGUCUUUGACUAUGCAGAGCAUUAUGUUUCCAGUGACGAAGAUUAAGGAUUUGUUCAAGAAUGUAAAGAAAUGCAAAUAUUCAGCAUUAUUUUGACUGCUAUGAUCAGACUCCUCUUUUGCAUACAGAAGGCCAAAUUUUGUAUCCUGCAGACUGUGGAAGGCCUUGAAUGCAGUAAAACUACUGUGUGGGAAGAAGAAGGACAUGGAGAGGAGAGAGGACUAUGCUGUCUGGCAGCUGUUUACGCUCCAGCAUGCAGGUUUGGGAUGGGUUGAGGAAAAAGAAGACUUUGUGGAGCCAGGCUUAGUGUGGAUCUACAGAACAAACCUACUCUUACCUACACAGCAGCAUCCAAUCAAUUAUCAAGGUCUCCCUUAUAUUUUUUUAAUUGCAACUGUCAUUUUUUAUUAUUGUAAUGAGUGCCUUUCGCUUGCUGAGACUUUCUUCAGAUAUUUUGGGGCUCUUAUCUCAGACACUUUUAAAAAAAUAACUUGAUUGUAGUUCAAAUGUGCAGAAAGCAGGGAUUGGGAAUCAGUUUUUGGUGACACAGCAGCAGAAGUGGAGUACAGGGUAUGCAAGCAUUAUCCCAGUGCAAGAGUUGGUGAGGGCCACCAACUCCUAGCAGCGGUCUAAGCUGGUCAUUUUCCACACGUCCUUCCCCAUGCUCACAUUGCUAUUACUCAGAAGCACAGAUGACCUUGCUGUCUCCACUUCUGCACUAUGUUCUGAAAGAGGAGGCCAGUGAGGGGAGUAGAUUUACCUAGUGUUGUCUCCCAGAAUGCUCUGCUUCUCUUCCUUUAUGCCAUCAGCUGGUGACUUCCAAAUGUGUUACGUAGUCAGACUAAAACUAAACUACCAUUAAAAUAUGGUUUGAAAAAUCACUGUAUUUAAACCCAUUUAAAUAUCCAGCCUCUCAAAUUCGAGAACUUCAGUGACAAAUACAAACUUUACCUGUGCAGUAACAUGAGAAGACUGUGUAAAAUGUUGGAGAUAAAAUAACGUAGCCCGUUAAUAAAUAAUCUCUGUAAACUGUGAUACAUCUUAUUUCCUAAAAAGAAAAGGAGUACUUGUGGCACCUUAGAGACUAACCAAUUUAUUUGAGCAUGAGCUUUCAUGAGCUACAGCUCACUUCAUCGGAUGCAUACCGUGGAAACUGCAGCAGACUUUAUAUACACACAGAGAUCAUAAAACAAUACCUCCUCCCACCCCACUGUCCUGCUGGUAAUAGCUUAUCUAAAGUGAUCAUCAAGUUGGGCCAUUUCCAGCACAAAUCCAGGUUUUCUCACCCUCCACCCCCCCACACACAAACUCACUCUCCUGCUGGUAAUAGCCCAUCCAAAGUGACAACUCUCUACACAAUGUGCAUGAUAAUCAAGGUGGGCCAUUUCCUGCACAAAUCCAGGUUUUCUCACCCCCCCACCCCCAUACACACACAAACUCACUCUCCUGCUGGUAAUAGCUCAUCCAAAGUGACCACUCUCCCUACAAUGUGCAUGGUAAUCAAGGUGGGCCAUGUCCAGCACAAAUCCAGGCUUUCUCACCCCCCCCCCCCCCCCAGGGACACACACACACACAAACUCACUCUCCUGCUGGCAAUAGCUCAUCCAAACUGACCACUCUCCAAGUUUAAAUCCAAGUUUAACCAGAACGUCUGGGGGCGGGGGGUGGGGUAGGAAAAAACAAGGGGAAAUAGGCUACCUUGCAUAAUGACUUAGCCACUCCCAGUCUCUAUUUAAGCCUAAAUUAAUAGUAUCCAAUUUGCAAAUGAAUUCCAAUUCAGCAGUUUCUCGCUGGAGUCUGGAUUUGAAGUUUUUUUGUUUUAAGAUAGCGACCUUCAUGUCUGUGAUUGCAUGACCAGAGAGAUUGAAGUGUUCUCCGACUGGUUUAUGAAUGUUAUAAUUCUUGACAUCUGAUUUGUGUCCAUUUAUUUCAUUUAUUUAUUUCCUGUCACCAUUAGUGCAUAGACAUUCAUAUGCAGUAAUUGUUGAAGCUUCUCUUCAUGACAUAUUUUUUAAACAUUUGGUGUGAAAUCCUGGUCCUAUUUGAAGUUGAGUUUUGCCAACUUCAAUAGGGCCAGGAUAUCCACCCUUGCAAUUCAAAGUGCAGCUCUGCUCUAAAAAGUGACUUCAAAAAUGGCAUCGUGUGGUUCCAUAUUUCUCUCAUUGACCAAUUACAUAUUUUUUCACCUUACACGUAAAAAAAGUGUGGGUUUUGUCUUGUCUUCCUAAAUGUCAGCCUUUUAAACUCAACCUGGGAUCUCUGAAAGUAAACCUGUGUUCUUUCUGGCUUGAGCAUCAUUGCUGGUAACCCUGACCCAAAUGAGAUCUGCAAAAGUGCAGCUGAGGUUUGCAACUCCAGGUGAAGAUCCUGCAGUUGAAACAUAGCUAAAAAUUCUUUUUGCUUAUGCACAAGACAGAAAGUAAUCCAGCUCACUUUCUCAUAUGUAUACCAUCUUUAUGUUGCUAACAGGAGUAAAAAGUAGUAUGAACUUGUUUUUGUUAUUAAAGAAUCAGUGUCCACAAGGAGCAAAUCUGUUGAGUUAGGACUUCCUACCACACUUUAGGCAUAUUAAAUUAAAUUGUUACAUAAAAAAAACAGUAACAUAAAUUAUGACUGGCAGAAAACAGUAGCUUAACACAGAUAUCAACAAACUGUGGUAUGGAACAAUGUUAAAUUUUAAUUUACCUAUGUCAAUGUCUAUUCUGAUAGGCUCAUCUGAGGUCUAUAUUGUUUUAUUUAAAGUCUUGCCUCAUUCAGAUAACUCAUGGGAAUGUCUGCUGAUUGACUCAGGAGUCAAUUUUAGUAUUUGCUCUUUUAAUUUCAUUGUGCAUUAAAAUGUUAAUAUUUAAAAAUACUACUAAACUAAAUUUCAUGAUAGAUAUGGAGAAAUAUCCUGAUAUUUCUUUUGAAAACAUUUAGAUAGCAUGUAAUAAUACCUGCCUACAGUGGUGCUGUGUUUCACUGAGCAUCAAGUUUUUUAUUCAAGAUAAAUGCUGAAUUUGACUUCACCUCAAUCAUUCUCUCCCAUAUUUCAAUUAAACUGGAUGUUCUGCUCAUCUGAAGUGAUAGCUGCUCAUUUUUAAAUGAAUAAUAGGGUUAUAAAAAUAAAUGUGUAUUCUGAUUAUAAGUUUUCCACUACAGGAAGAUUGUAGAUUACAAUGUGCAUAAACUGUAUAAAUUGUGGCAUGGGUAACUGAAUAAUUUAGACCUAUAAAUAACCCAAUAAACUACUACUUCAUGGAUGGAAAUAA